AUGAUGAAGCUUGGACUCCUCUCCCUCGUCCUGUCUGCUCAGGGUGCUGUAGCAAAUCUUCCUACGUCUUUAAACAACCUAGAUGGACCCGAUAUCCCAUAUGAUUAUGACUUACCUACCCCUCCAACUGCCACAAAAAAGUGUGCCAUGAUUAAUAUCGCAAUGGAUGAAUCGGGAAGCAUGUUCAACGAACAAGCGUUUAUGCAACAACGAGCGCUUCCAGACAUUAUCAAGACACUUUACUCUGACGAGUAUCAAUACGAUGACGUCUUUGUGUGCUCGAAUGGAUUUGGGUAUUGGGACACGUCCUUUUCGGAUUGGCAUGAUUACCGCUUCUUGGGUUGUUCCAAGGGCAUCGUUAAUACCGAUGGAUCUGGUGGGUUGCUUAACAGCACAAUCGUCAGUAGCUGGGUAAACUAUGGAGGUUGGGAAGAAGGAUAUUACGCCAUGACUAAGGCUAUGGACAAUGUCAAUCGAUACAUUGAUGGCGUUGACCUGAACGCUGAAUGUCAAAGUCUUGACAGGAAUAUGAUUUUGGUAUCCGAUGAGGAUCGUGAUUCCGACUACUACUUUUCCAGAACAGUGCCCGCCAUGAAAAGAGAUCUGGCAGACAGGGGUUACAUUCUCAACGUCAUUGUGGAUGCCACCAUUGCAAAUGAUCGUGCGAAUGUCGGUAUUAAGAUUGUCACCAAUGGAGCAACCAACGACAAUGUGGUUUUCAGAGCUGAUGGUUCAGGAGGGUACACAUCCUAUGAACGAAACAACCAACUCUUUACUAGCUUUGUUCUCAAUGAAGACAGCAUUGGUGUUCACACCAAUGCGCAUUAUCUUCCCCUGAUUGUUGACACUCCAGGUGCUUCGUGGAAUAUCAAUAGUCUUCGAGACAACAGUGCUGUCCUUGUGGAUUCCUUCACCAAGGCUUUCGUUGAGAUUAAGGUACAAGAGAUUGCGAGCAUUACCCCUUCUCCAACUACUCCUCCCACAUCUGGACCAACCUCGGGGCCUACCUCUUUACCUACUUCUGGACCUACAUCAGGGCCAACUUCGGCACCCACUUCGGGACCUACAUCUGUUCCCACUUCUGGGCCAACCUCUGGACCUACAUCUGUUCCCACUUCUGUUCCCACUUCUGUUCCCACUUCUGGGCCAACAUCUGCUCCUACAUCAGGUCCAACCUCGGCACCCACAUCUGCCCCAACAUCCGGUCCAACUUCUGGGCCCACAUCCGCGCCUUCCAAGGGGCCCACAACUUCAAGCAAAACCACACAGAGUGAAAUCGGUGGUGAUCCUCACAUCACGACAUGGAACAAUGAACACUACGAAUACCAUGGACAGUGCGAUCUUGUCAUGAUGAAGGAUCCUCAAUUUGCAAAUGGUCUUGGAUUGGACGUUCACAUUCGUACCAAGAUCGUUCGAUUCUGGUCGUACAUUCAAACUGUUGCCAUUCGCAUUGGCAACGAUGUGCUCGAGAUUCAAGGGUCCGCGGACAUGGAUGAUGAACAACCUCAUUACUGGAUCAACUACGAAUACCAAGGUGAACUGGAUACUGUGGGUGGAUUCCCUGUCACCCAAAGAGAGGUUGGACAUUCCAUCAACAAACACGAAUACAAGAUCGAUUUGAGUUCCAAGCAUCCUGGACUUGACAUUACCGUUCAAUUGUACAAGGAGUUUAUCCGUGUCAAGUUCAAUGGUAACCAAGAAGCCUUUGGAAGAACUGUUGGUCUCUUGGGUGACUACACGACUGGAAAGACCUUGGCUCGUGAUGGUGUCACCGUUUUGGACGACUUUGUCAAUCUUGGUAACGAAUGGCAGGUUCUUCCAGCCGACCCCAAGCUCUUCCGUCAGAUGACUCAUCCUCAGUUCCCAGAGCUGUGCAUUCAGCCAGAGGAUCCAAGAGGAGAACGCAAGCGUCGAUUAUCAGAAUCCGCCAUCUCCGUGGAACGAGCUGAAAGCGUGUGCGCUAGUAGUUUGAACGAUCCGCUUUCCAUCAAGGACUGUGUCUACGAUAUUCUUGCGACUCAAGAUUUGGAUAUGGUUGGGGCCUUUUAA